AGACACAAAGUCAACCUGGGCUGUGUCGUAAAAGUGUAUGACAUUUUUUUGUUGUUCUUAACUGACUUGCCUAGUUAAAUAAAUAAAAAAUGUAAAUCAAUGUGCCUUACUAGUGGAGGCAGUCAGAGAAUGAUUUGCAGAUCUGCAGAAUAGAAAGCGUAUGUUGUCGGUCAGCCUGGAAGAAAAUUCAACGAGCCUACCUUGUCAUGAGUGUUUUCUGUCGCUUACUCUCGAGAGGACUUCUCUGCGGACGGGCAACAUGUCGGUUUGUAACCGGACAGCAGGAUUUCAGCGGUGGCGUGCUGCGGAUGACUCGGGCGGUUGGCUCGACCAGCCCUGUGAACCUAACCUAUGACGUGUUUGACGGCACAGGGGACGGCACCCCCCUGGUGUUCCUCCAUGGGCUGUUUGGCAGCAAGUCCAACUUCCACUCUAUAGCCAAGUCCCUGGUGCAGAGGACAGGCCGAAAGGUGCUGACGGUCGACGCCCGUAACCACGGUACCAGCACACACAGCACCGAUCUGACCUAUGAGGCGAUGACCAAUGACUUGACGCACUUGCUCGCCCAGCUGCACAUCGGGAAGUGCGUCCUGAUUGGCCACAGCAUGGGGGGCAAGGUCGCCAUGACUACAGCCCUGUCGCAGCCUGGCCUGGUGGAGAGGUUGGUGGUGGUGGACAUCAGUCCAGCCCAGACCACCACCCGUACCAACUUCCACUCCUACAUCCAGGCCAUGAAGGAUGUGAAGAUCUCUAGCGACAUCCCUCGCUCGACAGCCCGCCGCAUGGCCGAGGACCAGCUACGCAAACUGGUCAAGGAGCGCUCAGUGCGCCAGUUCCUGCUGACCAACCUGGUGGAGCAGAACGGACACUAUGCCUGGAGAGUCAAUCUGGACGCCAUUGCCGCACACCUUGAUGACAUCAUGAGCUUCCCUACCUUCGAAACCACAUACGAGGGCCCCACCCUCUUCCUGGGCGGAGCCAGUUCUGCCUACAUCAGUUCUGAGGACUAUCCAGAGAUCCAGCGGUUGUUCCCAUGUGCAGACAUCCAGUACAUCCCAGACGCCAGCCACUGGAUCCACGCAGACAAACCCCUGGACUUCAUCAGCUCCAUCAGCUCCUUCCUGCAGCCCUAACCUACCCUGCUCCAACCCUCUCCACCACCUAAUUACUAAUCCUACCCUGCUCCAACCCUCUCCACCACCUAAUUACUAAUCCUACCCUGCUCCAACCCUCUCCACCACCUAAUUACUAAUCCUAUCCUGCUCCAACCCUCUCCACCCACCACCACCUAAUUACUAAUCCUACCCUGCUCCAACCCUCUCCACCACCUAAUUACUGAUCCUACCCUGCUCCAACCCUCUCCACCACCUAAUUACUAAUCCUACCCUGCUCCAACCCUCUCCACCACCUAAUUACUAAUCCUACCCUGCUCCAACCCUCUCCACCACCUAAUUACUAAUCCUAUCCUGCUCCAACCCUCUCCACCCACCACCACCUAAUUACUAAUCCUACCCUGCUCCAACCCUCUCCACCACCUAAUUACUAAUCCUACCCUGCUCCAACCCUCUCCACCACCUAAUUACUAAUCCUACCCUGCUCCAACCCUCUCCACCACCUAAUUACUAAUCCUACCCUGCUCCAACACUCUCCACCACCUAAUUACUAAUCCUAUCCUGCUCCAACCCUCUCCACCCACCACCACCUAAUUACUAAUCCUACACUAAUCCAACCCUCUCCACCCACCACCACCUAAUUACUAAUCCUACCCUGUUCCAGCCCUCUCCACCCUCCACCACCUAAUUACUAAUCCUACCCUGCUCCAACCCUCUCCACCCACCACCACCUAAUUACUAAUCCUACCCUGCUCCAGCCCUCUCCACCCUCCACCACCUAAUUACUAAUCCUACCCUGUUCCAGCCCUCUCCACCCUCCACCACCUAAUUACAGGACAACCGCUGGCCUUUAACAUUAUUCACACUAAUACGGCACAGCACAAAGCCACUGUUAUCCAAUGGCGGAAAAGAACACGCUCCAAAGGGCUCUGAGGGUGUCGGUCACUGCUGUUGCCUGCACUCGUCAAAGUUCAAAUAAUUGUUUGACCUUUCCAACGUAUGUGCGUGGUGUUCUCGCUCUGAGCAAAACGCCUUGUGCGAAUAAUGUGAAAGGCCUGUUAGGCUCCGCCCACUCACACUGGGGUCCACCUCUUAAAACAGCCAAUAGGUAGAGCUUCAAACCAGAGGAGGCACAGCCAUCUUAGUAGACAAUGCUAAUAUUGCUAACCCUGGACCAAACUCACUCUUUCUUUCCAUGCUGUUUAUCUUGCGCUUAAAGGAGCUGUAUGGAAAAUGCCCUUAAUUUAUCUAUAGUAAUAGUGGACUGACAGUGUUUCAUCAUAUUUUGUUCCCCAAAAAAGGUUAUUGGGCUCACAAAAAAUGUGCAUUCUAAUGGUGCAGCCUUCUUAUUGGUCAAUAAAAGACGGACCAUCUCAUGUGAAAUUGACAACGAGUUACAUAUAGCUCCUUUAACCGCCAUGUUGUAAUCAAGGAUUUGUGUAAAUCCUGUAUUACCGUACUUACUAGAUAUGUAAAUAUUAAGAAAAGUAGGUAGUUGGGUAGUAAGAGGUUGAGAUUAUAUUUAAAGUAGAUAGAUUGACAGUUUGUUUUUAAAUGAGGGAGUGUUUUUAGGUAUGAGUUACUAAUCCAAAGAUCCUCUCGUCAUUGUUGCACAGUACCAUUCUACUCUAAUCAGGUUGAUGUAAAUCAGCAUUGAAGAAAGGCUUUGAGCCAGGUCUUAUAUAGUCUAGUCUGGACAUGUUCUGUAUGCAUGUGGCUACGUCUCAAAUGGCACCCUGUAUCCCAUAUAGUGCACUAGUUCGGAAACUGCUGUGCCAUUUCCUGGUUGCAAAAAUUCUAAUAGCUUGCCUAAUUUCAGUUUGUGACAAACAGGAAAGUAUAGUGUGGAGAAUCAUUGUACCAUCUAAACUACUGUGAAAUAAUCCAUAACCUAAAAUAUUGUAUUUCUUAGCUGUUUGAAACUGGUGUUCAAAUCUGAAAGUAAAAGAUGCAAAAAUGUAACUUAAUCACGGGAAGCAUAGAAAUAGCGCACACAGAACAGAUCUAACACUUCUUAGACUUGCUUUCAAUAAGAAUGACAGAUCUAUAACUUAAAUGUUUAAGUGAAUUUGGUCAGAUUGCCCAAAAAUGUACAUAUUGCAGCUUUAAAAGCAGUGCACUAUGUAUUGAAUAGGGUGUCAUAACAGC